AUGGCCGCCAUAUCUCUAUCUCCCACGCCUGCUCCCAUCGCGGCCAUGUCCUCGAGGCGGGUGCCUCUGACGAGUAACCCCAAUGUCGCCAACUCUCCAUUACGAGGACCUGCUUCCCUACAUGCAUAUGCAAAGCAAAAGAGGUCUUACGCCAAUAUCCAACGCGAGGAAGCAUAUGGUCAGCCCCCUCCUGUCAAGAAGCAGGUCCUGGAAGAUGGUACUCAGCGUGCUGUUCGUUCUCCCCCCAAGGCAUCCCGUACCCAAGUUGUAGUACAACGCUCCAGCACGCGUCCAGUUGCAAAGGAUCGUACUACGAGGACUACUCAAGCAUCUGGCAGAACUGUACAGGAUGUUGAUACGGAGAAGGAGGUGUGGAAAAAGCACCACAGGGCUAAAUUCCCAAAGAUGGUGUUUUAUUUCGAGAGCAUACCUGAUGAUAUUAGAGCGAAGCUGACCAAGCGAGUCAACUAUCUCGGUGCACGUCAAGAGCCAUUCUUUUCCAUCGAUAUCACCCACGUUGUCACGACGCGUUCGAUUCCACCCGAGAAGUCCGGAACUCAACAUGAGGAACCUCUGGAACAAGAACAGCAGGAGCCAGAAGAGCAGCCACAAACUAUCAAUCCAUCUCUGUUAGAUCGAAAGACAGCGGCCGGUCGUCGAAAGCUUCUGUUCGACUUUCGACAGACGCAGAUCCCAUCUCAGCAAGCUGAUGACCCUACAAGGCGGACCAAAGGCACCCGCAACAAUGAUGUUCUUCACAAAGCUCGAGAGAUGGGCAAGAAGAUCUGGUCGUUGGACAAGUUUCAAAACAUGCUGGCCGUUCUCUUAGAAUCAGAGACCAGGGGUGCGACUUACGCAUCCGGAACCACCAGUGUCAGGAGUCAAUACGGCGUAACAAAGGGCUCACACGAACCUAAUUUGCUUCAGCUAUUGCACAAUGAGCGUCUCAACGGCCCUUCAGAUCGCGAUCCGACGGCAGUGAAUCGAGAGUUGGUUUACUUCAAGGGCCCCUACAUCUAUGUGUGGGAUAUGGAUGACAAGUACAAGCCUAUUAUGGUUCGCGAGUACGCAAAGGCUGUCAACAAGCAAGACGGUGAAUGGCCCCAAUUUCGAAGCGUUGGCAAUGGACGCUGCCCGUUUGUUGAAGAAAUUGAAAUUCCUGAAAAGGAACAGCGCCGCAACCGUGAGCGAGAGAAGGAUGCUCGGCUUGCUAAGAGAGAGGAUCCUGUCCCGAUUCUGAAGCCACCAGAGAUUCCCAUACCGAAGCCAGUUACUGGAAAGCGAACCUUGACAGAGAUGGAAGACGGCCAGAAUCGCGUAAGAACGGGUCUGGCGAUGGAUGUCUUUAACCCUGCCAAAGCAGUUCUCUCCAAGCAAACCGAGUUAAAGUCGCAGAAUGCCUUUACUAGUCGUGCUGAAGGCACCAGAUUGUUUGCAGGCGAGCCGGUGGCUUCAGGAAUGCAGCCAUCCAAUGUUACGUCAGCCAUUCGCUCUCAGAUGAUUUCAUCCACAUCUGGCAUAAAUGGUAGCAAAGCUGGAACUAGUAAAGAGGUUCAUGGCCUUCAGAGAAAGGUGCUCCAGAAAGCCAACCCGGCUUCUCAUGAUGUUAGUUCUCGCCGUUUUGCGGAGGUUUCGAUGGACGUUGCAUCUAGUCGGUCAACAACCAUGAGUCGACAAACAUCCAAGGCAGUUCAGCCUCACGAUGAUGAAUCGCAAAGGACAGAGUGCAGGGAGAAAAAGUCAAACUCGCAAUCUCUUAAAAGCAAGCGAGAUUUGAAACCUGGCUAUUGUGAGAAUUGUCAGGAUAAGUUCCCAGAUUUUGAUGAGCACAUCUUGUCUCGGAAACACCGCAAAUUUGCUGAAAAUGAUGAUAACUGGACCGAGCUAGAUUUGUUGCUCGAGCAAUUAAAACGUAUGCCAAAAUACGCUGGCGCCGAGUCCGACAACGACGAUAAUGGAUGGUAA